AUGAAAAGCUCAAAACCCACCCAAACCGCCUCCGCUCAAUCCAACACCACAUCCAGAUUGAACCCACCAACACAGGAACAAGACUCCCAGACAACACACACCACAAAUUCGGCAGGCCAAAAGACGACAAGCAAUGAAGAUAAGAAGGAGAGCAACGACACAUAUGCGAACGUGAUGCAGUCAUACUACGCAGACAAGGAUUUAACAUGGUGGCUCGAACUAGCCGGGGAUUUCAAGAGCGCAAGACAAGUCCCUCUUCCUUGCGAGGAGGAAGGGGACUUGUGA